UGAGGUUGGGGUCCUCGACCUUGCUGAUCCUACGUCUGGUCUGGCGCGGACGCUAACUCCGCCCAGCUGGCUGCCCUCCUCGGUCGCGGGACUCGCCGGAUUUGCGGGCACCCCCACCCCCAGCCCACCUGGCACCAGUGGAGGCGGGUAUUGAUAGACCCGUUUUCCGGAGGAGGAAACUGAGACUCAGAUUAUGGAACUUGCCCAAACCGAAGCUCGAAGGACUCCAAUGCGCUUUUCAUUAUAGAGUAAGCUGAUUUCCCCUUGGCGUCUCCUGGGCAUGUAGGUGCGGGACCCCUCCUGGGUCACACUUCUUAAUGGCCUACUUGCACAGCAGGUCCCCAAUAGCAUGUCAGUCUCCUCUAAUUAACUAGGCUGAAACACCCAUGCUUAGAGUCCUGAUCGAGUAAGCAGGUAGUCUUGGGGUUUUACACGUGGAAGGAUGGUUUUUAGGAACUGAGUAGCCCAGGACAAUGGGCUGGGUGCCCCUAGCUCUCCAGGUUUAGGUAUUUGGUGGGGUUGAGGGGUUCAAGGAGGACUCCAAAACUGGCAAAGAAAGUAAAUGGGCUACAGGAGUUGAGAUUGAUUAGCCUGAAGACGACCAGAGUGGGAGGGAUAGAGGAUAAGGGAAGAGAUUGAAUAAUGUACCUUUUAGGCCUCAUAGAGGCCAACCGUCUGAGUGCUCACUUCCUUCCCACCCCUGACAUUUUUGUCCAAGGGGAAGCCUGCUUAUAAUUGAAAUGAUCAUAGUCACAUUUGGUGAGCUCUGUGUGCUGAGCACUGUUCUGAUAAACCCAAGAAGUAGGUAUUACUAUUUUACCCAUUUUAUAGAUGUGGAAAAUGAGGCACAAAAAGAUUACAAAGCUAACUCAGUAACUGAGUAGGAAGUCUGGGUUGAACCCACACUCACUAAAUAAAUUGCACCUAGUGAAAGAAAGUGAAGUCACUCAGUCGUGUCCGACUCUUUGUGACCCCAUGGACUGCAGCCCACCAGGCACCUCCGUCCAUGGGAUUUUCCAGGCAAGAGUACUGGAGUGGGUUGCCAUUGCCUUCUCCAGAGGAUCUUUCCGAACCAGGGAUCGAACUUGGAUCUCCUGCAUUGUAGGCAGACGUUUUUACCGUCUGAGUCACCAGGGAAGUUACUGGAACAUGUUGGGAAAUCAACCCUGAAUAUUAAUUGGAAGGACUGAUGCUGAAGCUCCAAUAACUUCGGUCACCUGAUUCGAAGAGAAGACCCUGAUAAUGGGAAAGAUAGAAGGCAGGAGGAGAAGGGGAUGACAGAGGAUGAGAUGGUUGGAUGGUAUCACUGACUUUAAUAGACAUGAGUUUGAGCAAGCUUCCAGAGAUGGUAAAGGACAGGGGUGCUGCAGUCCAUGGGGUUGCAAAGAGUCAGACAUGACUGAGCGACUGAAGAACAACAUGAUGGGAACAUCAGCAGCCUUCAAGGUGGAAAGCUGGUGCAGAUGGCAGAGAGGUGUGCUAGGGUGGCCUGUGCCCUUUUGCCUUGGUGAGGGCAGGUGGGAAACUUGGGGUUGGCUGUGUGUGUAUAUGGCAUCUCAGACUUCUCUCUAGCCAAUAUUCCAAAGUUGGGGGUUUGACAGGGGAAAAGAACCAAAACCCAGAUUCUCACCGAGAGCUGCAGCCUUCUUUUAUGCUCCCCAAGAACAUUCAUUGUCCUGUGUUAUCACCAUAAUCUCACAAAAGCAAAUAUAUUUUAAUUCUCCUCAAAAGAAGACAGACAUCAUCUGAAUCAAAAGCAGUUACUCCCAAGAAAGAACAGUCCUUGACUUUCCACCAACAAAUACCUAUUUUUUUUCUUCUAUUUCGUGCUGUGGAUUAGCAAAAAUGUAUAGUGGGGCGGCUGCCUCUGCUUCUGAUCCCUGUGAGUCAUUUGAGGGCAGAACCAAAAAAAAAAAAAAAAAAAAAAGGCUUAGAUAUAGCAGGAAGGAAUUAGCUUAGAGCCGAGAAAGAACUCCGCAUCUUUGGAGAACUUUAAAGAGCAGGUGAGCACUGCCUUUGUUUAGGAUGUGAGGGUCUUGGGGUCAGCUCCAUAGACUGAGGAGGCCAGUAGCCCUGGGUCCCCCUCAGAAGAGGGCUGGCACUUUGUUCUGAAGGACCUCUCCUCGGAUCCACCAGGGGAGUUGGAACCUAGAACAGUUCCAUCAGGCAGCCAUUUCCUGCCCAGAGUUCACGAAGCCUGAUAGGUGGUCCUAUGGCAGUGGAGGGAAGGGGGCCUCCAGCGGCCUCUGUCACCUUUCAGUGCGGGGAGUCCGUGUAGUCACCCACUGGUGGGCUGCACCCCACAGACCUGUAAGCCUCAGAGAUGCCCAACCUUGAGACCAAAGAAAGAGCCUAGGACAGCAACAAAGACAUUCAUAGUGCUGAAGGCUGGUGGGUGGUAUAAGCUCAGCCUACAGGGUAUAAUGGCACUUUUUCUCCAUUAGGAGCUGGAUUAAUUAACGCUAGUAGUCUUAGAUGGGUCUAGUAUAAAUCCAGGUGAAAUCUGUAAUUCCUUUGCCAAUCCUACUCGCCACGAGGCAGCAAACCCAAACCACCAGGGACUUCCCUGCCAGUUCCGGGUCAUUUGAUAGUGUGUUCCUCUGGGGGUAAGAUCCUGUGGUGAGAGCAAAAGUAAGUUGUCCCGAUAGUAGGCAUUCGUCUUUAGGCUGUCAAAAGUUAAGCUCAGACUGUAUUGACUAGUCACUUCUGGGUUAACAUAGCCCUGGGCUGAUUGCCCCUGGGAUGUUCAGUUUGAAUUCUUAGAGCUUAAGUUAGCCUCUGGUCCACCCGUGGAAGGAACAGGUUUCCAUUUCAGUUAAGUUCUUUCAUCCUUUCCAUUAGCCUGGUCGAAGCCGGGGGAGGGAUGUCCAUAAGCAAGUGGAAAGGCCAGUGUGUGUCAUUUUUAUCAGCCCAUUCCUGAACUUCAUGCCUGGUUAAGUGGAGUCUUUGGUCUUUAUCAAUGUCCAUGGGGGUCCUGUAUUUCACACACAGCUAUCCUAGACCCAGGGAAGCCUUUUGUAGUGUGAGCUGCACAUGGCUGUUGUCCCUUCGUGUCUGUAUCAUUGCUCCCCUUCCACAGCUGGGACCAGAAGCCCAGGGGUACACUUUAUUUUGUUAUUGUCACAGGCCCUAACCAGACUUUUCGGCCAUGUCCAAUUCACAAGCCUGUCCCUGAAUUAAGAUCCCCUAAAGCCUGUGUCUGUGAUUGUUUAGUGGCGAGAGGUUUGCAGAUGCACUUCCUUGUAUUUUUUCUGUAUUCACCAGCUAUCCUUGUGCAGUCAGAUAAGCCACAAGCAUAGGGCUGCUGCUUUUAAGCUGAAAACAGAGACUCCAAGGUUACCAGAGUGGAAGAGAAUCAAUUUAAUGGAAGAGAAAGACCUCUCUCAUGACAGCUGCCACAGGGCCCCACCUGCUGGUGGACAGCCACCUCGAGAUCAUGCCUGUGACCUUCCAUUCCCCAUCCUUGACUUCUGGACUUCUUGGGUGUUUCCUUGGCCUCCCAGCCGACUGUCCAGUCAUGGGCUUCACCCCGCAGUCCUGAAAGCCUUGUGGUUGCCCCACUUCAAGACCAAAGAAAGAGUCUGGAGACAGCGAUGGAGACCUCGGUGAUUUUUUGGACAGGUUUGGGGAGGGAGUUGGCGCUGGUCUUAAGCAAAAGGUCCUGGAGCAACAACCUGUGGAUUACAGCGGGCAGGCCAUAGCAGUAAUCUUCCCCACUCAGGGUAGAAGGAGGCUACUAUUUAUAGGGGAAAUUGAGGUCAGGUUGGCUGGUCAGUUACCAAGGAAACCAGCUGGGGCACGUCCCUCACAGCCCCUCAGUUAAGAACCAUCAUGAGGGCAGAUGUUUCCUUUAAUAAAUUAGCAGGUAGAGCAGGGGUGAGAUCAGCCAUUAGCUGGGGCAGGGGGCAAACCUGGUCAAGUGAGUACGUUGCAGGCAAAAUCGAGACUGGUCAAGGGACUUCCCCAGUUGUCCAGUGGCUGAGACUCUGAGCUCCUAAUGCAGGGGGCCCGCGGUUCAAUUCCUGGUCAGGGAACUAGAUACCACAAGCCACAACUAAGAGUUCUCAUGCUGCAACGAAGACGGAAGAUCCCUCGGGCCGCAACAGAAGCAGCACGGCCAAGUUGUUUUUUUUUUUAAAAAAAAAGAAGGGACAAGUAGAGCAAGAGAAGAACAAAGAGCAAAAGAACAGCCAUCUUGAAUGGCCUGACCAUACACCCACCUUGGGGCUGUGUAGAGGGCCAGGAAUGACCCUUGAGGAGGGCCGAGGAUGGAAGAGAAUGGCCCCCCUGGGAGUGUUGCCUGCAGCCUGGGGUGACGUGGAUGAAGGCUCUGAGUGGACUGACCUGGCUGGCUGCUGUAGUAUCCUUGGUGAUGUGUUUCCACACCUCCUGCAAGCCCGGAUGGAGCAGCCCAGGGCCCCAAGCCUUCCAACAGGAGCUCAAGGCCAGGCAGGAGAAACCCUGUUCUGGGGUAGCCAUGCUCAGGGCUGACUCGGCCUGAGCCUGGCCUGGGCUCCUCCCUGUUCUGCACCAGAAGGAAUAACAGAAGUCAUAACUUGAGCAUCUCCUAAGUGCAGGACUCCUGGAUGUUGGAGAUGCAGAAACAACUGCCCUUAUGAGCUUUUGGUCAACACUAAGGGGAACACGUGGAUGCUGGAAGAUAAUGGAUUUGCCUUGAGACUCUGGAAAACUUUGUAAGGUGCUCAUUAUCUUUUCAUCCUCCGAUGGAAAGAGGAGCCCUUCCCUACAGAAACGCUCCAAGGCCCAGAAGUGGGUCCAUGGCAAAAAGAUCAAAGAUGGGAGGGCCAGGCAAGUGAGGGAACAGGGCUGCCAGGGGCCACAUCCCAAACCCCCAACCCCGCCGACCCCCGCAGCAAACGUCCAAACUUCCAGAAAUUGGGCCUCUGCUGCCCUCUAAUGGUGAAGCCGCCUUGUGGCUCAGACGGUAAAGAGUCUGCCUGCAAUGCAGGAGACCUGGGUUUGAUCCCUGGGUUGGGAAGAUCCCCUGGAGAAGGAAAUGGCAACCCACUCCAGUAAUCUUGCCUGGAAAAUCCCAUGGAUGGAGGAGCCUGGCAGGUAUAGUCCAUGGGGUCGCAAAGAGUUGGACACGAUUGAGCGACUUCACUUUGACUUUUCUCUUUGCCCGCUAAUGGAGGAAGCUGGGGGCUGGGGCCCCACCAGCCUGGGUCCCCUAAAAAUGGGGGCUGCGAAGGACCUUCCUGCCCCAGACCUUGUAUUUCCCUGGAGUCUUGAAUUUGAUUUCCCGCAGCCUCCGAAGCUCCCUGGCUGCCCUGUUCCCAGACUGCCACCCUCUGUCCUGCUGUUUCCCCAGUUCCCUUUGUUGCCCAUGUUCUGAUUCUGGUGCCCUAGUUCCUGGCCCUGCUGGAGUUCUAGUUCCGGAAGGCCUUCGCUGGGUGCCUCGGGCAUGUCCUGCAUCCGCCAGCGCCCGAGGCAAAUGGACAUCCGCAAAGGUGUGGUGAGCCUGGCCACAGGCGCCGGGGCCGUCUACCUCCUCUACAAGGCCAUCAAGGCCGGCAUAAAAUGUCAGCCGCCCUUCUGCUCGGCCUCACCCAUCUGCAUCGCCCGCCUGGCAAUCGAGCGAGAGCGACACGGGCGGGACUCGGGUGAGCUCCGGAGGCUCCUCAACUCUUUGGAGUGCAAGCAGGAUGCGUACACCAAGAGCAUGAUCCUACACAGCAUCACACGCUGUGUGUACUUGCUGGAGUCCGAGGCCUCUGGUUGUACUAACGAUGAUGUCACGUUGGUGGGCUCCAUGCUGGAUGACAAGGACAACAGUGUCAAAAUCCAAGCCCUGAACACACUUAAAGCUUUCUCUGGCAUCAGAAAAUUCAGGCUCAAAAUCCAGGAACACUCCAUCAAGGUGCUGGAACUGAUCUCCACCAUCUGGGACUCAGAGCUGCACAUUGCAGGCCUCAGACUCCUCAACAACUUCCCGCUGCCUGACUUUGUGCAUCCACAGCUGCGACGGGUGAUGCCUGCCUUGAUGGAGAUCCUGCAGUCGGACUAUAUCCUGGCACAGGUGCAAGCCAUACGGUUGCUGAGCAGCCUGGCACAGAAGAACGACCUUCUCUAUGAUAUUCUCAACUGCCAGGUGCACUGCAACUUCCUGAACCUGUUCCAGUCCACACAGCCUGGGAGUCUGCUGUUUGAGGUCCUGGUGUUUGCAGAGCGGUUGAGUGAAGGCCGGAGUUCACCCCACUACCGCGCCGUGAAGUGGCAUUACAACAAGCAGUCUUUACACGAAGCUCUCUUUGGGGACGACUCACGACUGGCCGACCGGCUGCUCGCCUUGGUCAUCCACCCUGAGGAGGAUGUUCAGAUCCAGGCCUGCAAAGUCAUAGUCAGCCUGCAGUGCCCCCAGGAUGCGGGAAUCCGGCCUUCCUGCCCACCCAGUCAUUCCUGCUUUAAUAACGGGGAAUAAAAUUAUGGAGAGCCAAUAAAUGAGUAUGGGAGAAGAGGCUGGGGGACCGUGUCUGUCCUGGGCCUUCCGGAGUGGGUGGAGAUUUUAGCCAGCAUAACUGCCUGUCAAAGCGUAGGCUUGUCUCCUCAAACGCGUUCCCACUUCCCUGUUUAGUUGGACCGAUCCCUUCUCUUGCUGCUUUUUAA